AUGACGUGGAGACCUGAUGAAGACACCAAUGAAGAUGCAAGCCAUUCUCAGCACUGGUUGCAGUUUCUCGACUCCUUGAAGGAGGCCCCGGAUGAAUUUUCAAAGGCAGUCGUAAAACGCCAUCGAGGAUUCAAAAGAGACAUGGCGAGCCCCAAGCCUAACAAUGACUUCCUUGAUGACGGCGACUCAUAUGUUACCUUGAGAACGCGCAGAGAGAGCUCUCCAACAGGACGCCAUAGUCCACCACUCCGAGCUCGUUAUGCGUACUUUCCAGAGGAAGACAGGCGCCGACGCCGAGAACGCAGUUCCUCCGGCUCCUCAUCAGGCUCAUUUUCACGCCCACGCGAACGAUUUAGUGACAAGCAUCGGGAAGGCCGUGACACGAGUGCCGCAUCUGUGUCUAUCGACCCUUCCAAAGCGGAAGAUGCCACUUUGCAUCUUUCUCUUCCCACGGCUUAUGACAUUGAAGAUGCCUUAGAAGAAGCGGCCAGGUUAAGGAGAAUUGGCCACUUCAAGGCUGCCAUCGAAAUAUACGAGCAAGAUCUAAGACACUUCUUGGAAAUUAAGUAUGUCAUGGUUCAAUAUGCGGAAUGUCUUCUAGAGGCUGGGCAAAUCUCCAAGUUCUCAGGAUUACAAAUGAAGCUCCCAGAAAGCCAGCCGGUGGAUAGUCUCGAUUUGAAUUGGGCGUUCAUGAAGUUGCGGCCAGAAGUCUCGACGUUUUUCCCUGCCCACCUGCAACAUGUAUUGGAUGAUUCAAUGAGAAUAAUUUACCGAAACUGGCCUCGGCUGGACUCAACAGAGGUUCAAUUGUUGAAAUAUAGCUUGGACAGAAUCAACGAUGAUAUCAAUUGGGAUAGUCUCUAUCGGCACUUUCGCGACGAGCAUAUGAUUUGGGAGUUUCAUGACCUCUUCGUUAGCAUGGCCUCUAAAUCCAGCCUCGAAGUCAGCUGGCGUCGGUUCUUCCCGAGGGCAAGGGAUAUUCCCACAAGCUGUCUAGAGCAGCUGGACCAAGACUGGCUCAAAGAAGGCGCGGACAUCUCAACCAACUUCGCCCUUCUGGACAUCUUAACAGACUCUGGUCUGCUUUAUUUGAGAGUGCGGCCCACGAAGACAAAAGCCCUGGAAUGCCUGGAAAAGGCGGGCGAUUACGCAGCCCUGCUUCGAUCCCAAGAUGCGAGCAAUGUCAAAUCCCGCCCCUACUUGCGGUGGAUGGUGGCCAAAGCAAUGAUAGAGGAGUGUCCGGAUCGACCAUGGACUUUGAUUGAGAAUGAACGAGGUUCUCUCAGCCCUCUAUUCCGGGGGUUUAUGACCCCAACAGGGGUCUUUCCAGAUCAAUCCUGGCCAUUAUAUGCCCCCUUUGACGGCGAGCGGAUUCAAGUUGUAAAAGCAAAAUGUGUUGUUAUUAACAAGAGACUUGCUACCAUCAUCAAGGCUGCAGAAGAGAUUGGCGAUCUUCUCUUGAGGACCGCAUGUCUGAAGGAGCUAGUAUUGAACGGCGCAGAGGGAACAGAAGGCAUCAUGGAGAAGCUUGAGGACCUCUGGACGGAGAGUGGACAUGCGGAUUCGGUAUCUCAAAUGCACCUUUACCAAUAUCUCCUGAUGCAAGAACCAUUAGAUGACGGCAAGGUUCGUCGCCGUAUCCUUCUGGAUGGUGAAACGAGCACCGGAUUAAUUUACUACACCCGGUGUAGGGUUAUGGCCGCCUUAGCAACUAACGACAGAGAGCGUGAAUAUUAUGAUCUAAAGGCAGAAGACUACCAAGCAGCUCGCUACAUGGCGAGGGAGCGUUCGGUAUCGCAAGAGCGUUCCCAUCCUCACACGACAGUUUCCGAUUCUCAAGCGCCGCACAGAUCGAGCGGUGGCAGAGAGCGAGAAGAGUCUCCAAACUUCCCCAGACCUAGCGAUGGCCAGAAAAGAAACGCAAAGUCGCAGGAAUCAAGUCUGCAGACACUGCGAACCCCUCCCACAACCGCGCCUACUGAGCCCCUCACGCCUAAGCGCCUUGCUGUGAGGGAACAGCAGCAAAAUAUGAUCAUAAGAAGUCGAGAAAAUGAGGUCAUUAGAAAGGGGGAAGGCGAGGCCACCGAGACGGCGAAUACUUCUAGCGGGAAGAAGACAGACCUUACUGUGACAGAAUAUAGUAGCAAGAACCCGGUAAAUACUGAACAUGAGGAUGAGGAUCCCACGUCUGAUGAGACUGAAACACCGCGACCUCCGGUAGAAUAUAGCGACCCAGACGACGAGGACCUGCCUCGUCGAGAUAGCAUAGAUAUUUUACCUCACGAAAAAGCUGCGCUGGAGAGCACUGAUGGCAAUGGAGACGAGGGACAGCCACACACUGAGAACAACGGCACAUGGUCGUGA